AUGCAAUGGCCGCCCUGGAGCACCUCGCCCUCCCCUCCGCCCCCACAAAGCACCCCCCUCCGCACACUCUGGGACGAUAACAAAGCGCUCAUCCUGCCCACGCUCACGCUCACCACCGCCGCACUGGGCGCCGCCUACCUCUACCGAAACCACCUGCGCCGCAUCCCCGAUGCCGCAAGCAUCUACCCCAGCUUCUUCCGCCGCCGCAGCAUCUACGGCCGCGUCACCUCCGUCGGCGACGGCGACGGCUUCCGCCUCUACCACACGCCUGGCGGACGAUGCCUCGGCUGGGGGUGGCUCCCUGGAAGGGAGUUGCAUGUGAGGAUUGCAGGCGUGGAUGCGCCAGAGGGCGCGCAUUUUGGACGCGCGGCGCAGCCGUAUGCGGAUAAGGCGCUGGCGUGGCUGCGGGAGUAUCUGCUGGGAAGGAAUGUGCGCGUGUAUGUGUACCGGCGUGACCAGUAUGAGAGGGUGGUGGCGAGCGUGAAGGUGUGGAGGGGGUUUAGGAGGAGGGAUGUGGGGCUGGAGAUGUUGGAGGCGGGGAUGGCGACGGUGUAUGAGGCGAAAACGGGCGCCGAGUUUGGGAAGCUCGAGGAGGUGUAUAGGCUUGCGGAAUGGCGGGCAAGGAAGGCGAGGAGGGGCAUGUGGAAGCAGGCCAAGAUCAACUUUGUCAGUCCUGGGCAGUAUAAGAGGGCGCAGAAGGAGGCGGAGACGAUGAAGGGCGCGGCGGGGACGCCGGUGGUGAAGGUGUAG